CUCACACAGAUCGAACAAGGAGAGCGUUAGUUAUAAAUAUCUUUGAGAUUAUCUCAAUUGUAUUCUCGUUGCAUCCUCUCGCCUCGUCUCCUCUAAAUACAUUGGAUGAGAAAGCCAGCGGUCCCGCCCCUCUGACUUUCUUCUCCAAUGGGUUUUGAGAAGGAGACGAGGAGAGAGAACGCGACGAAAUAUAAUUGAGAAUCUCCGUUUUACACUUGUGAAGAACAAGAAACGACGAAUCAUCGAAUCUCAAUCGUCAGAUUUGUAAUCACAUUUUCGGGCGGGCUGAUUGAAAGUUUGUUUUCGUGGACAAGUGACCACUGUUGAAAAUCUGCAUUGUAUGUUGUAUGGCUACUUUUAUGAUACGAUCAGUAAAACAUUUGAGCAAUAAUAUAAUUUUGACAAUCGCUAAAGAAAAUAAAACUGAUAUGGAGCGACCAUCGAGGAAGACAAAGCUUGUAAAUUAUUCAGAUUUCCAGGACUUGGAUGAUGAAACAGAUGAGGAUUUUGCCUCUGUAAAAGCACCACCCAGCAAAAAAGCCAAGGAUAAUGUGAAGGAAUCAGCGCAGGAAAAGAGCAAGAAACCUUCAAGCAAGGCCUCCAGUCAAGAGACUGGCUCACAGCCCAUAGGCCGCAAGGACAGGAAACCAUUGGAUGAGAAGCUGUAUGACAGAGAUUUGGAAGCAGCUCUUACUCUGUCGUUGCUUAAAACCACAGAGAGAAAUGAGGAACAAUGUUCUUAUAAUCCAGAAAAAUAUGUCAAGAAUCAACCGCAAAGAGAUGGUGAAAAUCUGGAUCCCUCAUUACGCCUUUCCAACUGCAGUGUGGACAUCAACCUUUUGGGCCUUGACCAGAUCACGAAUGAUCAGGGAUCCCCUUGCGCCCCCUCCAGACAGAGGAAGGCAGCCUCCAAGGCUACAGAGCAGCAAAGGAGCAUGCUGAAGGAUGACGAUGAGGACUACCAGCCCAAAGGGACACCAGAUUCAGAGAGCGAUGCUGAUUUCAGUGAUCCAGCCGAAAGUGAUGAUGAUGAAUUCACAGUAAAGAAACCAGAGAAAAAGAAAACUACCACGAAAGAGAAGACGGCUAAGAAGGAGCAACCAAAAGCUAAACCGCAGGUGGCCUCAAAGGAAGAAAAGCAGCCUUCAAAACCAUCGAAAACCAAACCACAUUUGACAGGGACUCCCAGUCUAAAAACUCCCACCUUAGGUAGAAGUCCAACUGCUAGGCCUGACUACGUGCCCAAGAGGCCUCCUGCCACUUCUCCUGUCUCAAGACCUGCAGUCUCUGGCAGUCCAGCAGGGGGCAGAAUACCCAAGUGGAAUCCUCCAGGUCACGUUGGAAGAAGUCCCGGCUCAUCACAGAGUGCCCCAGUGAAGUCUCCAGGGCAGGGUCUAAGACUUGGACUGUCUCGCAUGGUGCGGGUCAAACCCCUACACCCCAGUGUUGCUAGUCACUGACCCCACCUAGCUAUCAGAGAGGAGCUCUGUGCCUCUGUGUAAUUGACAGUUGACUUUCAGGAUUCCUUUUGUAAUCUAGAUCUGUCUAUUUUAAUAAGAGGCAUUCGAAUUGUACUGUUAUCUGUUAUUAUUCUGGUGUCAUACUCCUUUUAGAACAGCUCAUCUUUUGGACCAUUUGACUUAACAAUGGUCAGUUCCCAACUGUUACUGUUAUUAGGCCUACAGCAAAGCCUUCAGAUUUCAAACCCUUUUUGUCUUUUAUUAUUUCAGAGAGAGGUUUUUGUCUUCUGUUUGUUCAGUUUUCACUCAAACAUGUAAAAGAAAUGGUACAAUGCACACUCUGCUGGAUAUAAUAAUCUUAAAAUGCAACAUGAUCAUUGUUAAAGUGGCAAUCAGUAGUUGAAUCAAUAACAAAGCCGAGACCCUGCCCCUGUUUUGGUAAAAAGCUGAGGGAUGACAGAGCUGUGGAUGCAAGGACUGGCCAUCCAUGAUAUCAACAUACGUUUUAACCAUGUUUUGAGGCUAUAUACCCACUGGGAAAAAACUGGUUGUAUAUGUGAUGAAGUUGAAUCAACGUGGAAAACUGAUUGGAUUUGCAAAAAGUCAAGGUAAGGGCAUUUCAUAUUUUUUCACCCAUCUUUUGACCUAAAAUGAGGUGAUGACAUUUGUUGUUAAUUUCAUGUUAGUUGACAACUAAACCAAAUCGAGACGUUGAACUGAAGUCUGUCCAGCACAUUUAGCAGACACUCUCAUCCAGAGCGACUAGGGUUAAGUGCCUUGCUCAAGGGCACAUCGACAGAUUUUUCAC